AUGUUCGUUGGAUGGGAAGGAAACGAUUUGAGACGAGUUAUCGCUUACUCGACUUGUAGUCAAUUAGGCUAUACGUUAUUUGCUUGUGGUUUAUCAAAUUACUCAGCAGCUUCGUUCCAUAUAGCAAAUCAUGCUUUUUUGAAGGCUCUUCUUUUUCUUUGUGCUGGUUCUGUUAUACAUGCUGUUGGUGAAGAGCAAGAUAUGAGAAAAAUGGGAAGAUUGCGUCGACUCUUACCUUUUUCAUAUGCUAUGAUGGUUAUUGGUGCUCUAGCUCUUACGGGUAUGCCUGUUCUUCCAGGAUUUUUUUCACAAGAUGUAAUUCUUGAAGUAGGCUACGCUACGUAUUCUAGUGCGUCGCACUUCGUUCGCGUAUUGGUGGCAAGGAAGUAGGAACAGGGGGUGGCAGUUUGUUUUUGUUUGUUUGUUUUUCUCCCAUCAUUGGACUGACUCUGUCGUCUGCCCCUCUGGCCCCUAUCCUCCACUUCUACUAGCUAGACGACCCAACCGGGGUCACAUAGGAGGGGGGGGUUGCACCCCCUCCUGCGGUUCAUGCCUGAGGUAUUUUUAUCGCGAGAAGGGUACAGCAAUCCCUUCCCUCGCGACUUACGAAGUCGAUUAUGGUUUACUAACAAACGAGCUUUGCAGCGCGUCGCUUUCAUCCUAGACCAGGAUUUAUUUAGUGAGAAAAAAACUCUCUCUCCCGGGACUCGAACCCAUGACCUGGCCCUUAGCAGGCUGCGAGGCUACCCACUAGACCACCGGGGCGACCGGUGUGUGUCGGGGGUCCGGGGGAACACGGAUGGGCUUGAAUGGGGGUUGCCUCAGAAAGAGCAAGACGGAGGGUGUUUCUCUCUUGGUGUGACCGGUGGCAGUGUCGAUCAGCAAUCAAUGCCCCACAGACUUUUGUACGCCCGAAUAUGCGUGCAACAGCUUCAACCUAACCACUUCGUUCGGUGGAAAGCGGAUUUCUGUUCGAUACGGUGUCGGGAGUGCUCAAGGGGGGAGGGCUUGGCCCUUGUGGUUGCAGGUGGUAAGGAAGUGGGAACAGGGGGUGGCAGUGUCGGGGGUCUGGGGGAACAUGGGCUUGAGUGGGGGGUGUCUCAGAAAGAGCAACACGGCGGGUGUUUCUCUGUUGGUGUGACCGGUGGCAGUAUCGAUCAGCAAUGCCGCACAGACUUUUGCGCGCCGAAAUAUGCGUUCGACAGCUUUAACCUAANGUUUUGUUCGUUUUUCUCCGUCUAAGGUUCGUGCCUAGAGUUCAGCUGUAUGUCGUGUUUCAACCAAAGUUUUGUUGACUUAGAGGCAAACAUUCCUAGCUAUUGGGCAUCGAGUUAAUUUGGCUUGGCAUGACGGCCUUUACGAUCGACUUUUCAUGUAUGUCUGCAUUUAUCUACAAUUGUCGGAGGGCAAACAAAAUAAUAAUAAUAUUAGGUCGUAAGUUAUUUACUUUCCUUAACCAACCGUAAAUGGUUAUUUGACAUAUUAUGAUAAAAAUAUAUAUAAGUAUACUUGUUUGAGAGUAGAUGUGACAGAUUUGCGUAGAAUAGGGUAAGAUGUUAUCAUGAACGGAGAUGAAAGGGCUUUUCCAACACGGAGAUUUAGCAUGGAUCAAAGCAUUUGUUGGAUUUCAGCUUUUUUUACAAGCGGACAUCAACGCAGUAGUAUUUUAGCAAGCUUACGAACGCAUAUAGGAUACCAUCAGGAUUGUCAUUGGUUAUUUGUUUCAUUAUUUAGUAGUAUUAGGAUGGAGCAUCCCUUUAUUCCGUCUAUGGUUUAUCUUUGUUUUUAAAUUCUUACCAGUACAGGUUCGUUAGUUUUUUUAACCUAGAAAAAUAUGAAAAAUAUAUUAAAGAAAAUUUCCAAUCAAUUUUUAUUAUCAAUUGUUGAUAAUGAAAUAGCAAACAAAUAUCAAUUUAGAUCAAAUAAAGGAUAUAAGUGAAUUUGAGACUUCAAACCGAAAUCUUCGUAAAACUUUUAUUGAUUCUGUUGAUGAAAAAGUAGAUUCUUGGUGUAAUUUAUGCGAUUCUGACGGUCUUACAGUUUUUUUUUCGUUUUUUAUUUUAUAAAGUACGGACUCUUCUUAUGCUGCUAAUAGAUGUGGUGCGUUGAAUUUGAUUCGCCUUGCGCUUUAAAUGAUCCAAGUUAUUUACUUUAUUCAACUUAUGCUAUAUUGUUAAUUAUAGCUAGUGUUAUUCUUUUAAUAGCUAUGGUAGGGGCCACUAGCUAACAUUACAGAAAAAUUGCCCUGAAAUUUUAUACCGUCAAUUAGGUCGCGAGUCUAAAAAUAAAUGCGGUUUUUCCAAUAAAAGAAAAAGAAAUAAUACAACAAAAAAUAUUGUAGAGACUUUAAAGGAGGUUAGUUUAGAUGUACUUUAUUUUAAUUCUGCUUACUAUAUCUAUUAAUGAUCUUAUUAUUUGGUUGGGUAAAUUUUACAAGGGUGUGUUUAGUAGAGUAGAGUAUUUUGAGUAGAGUAUCGACAGUCGUACUAAAGGUUUAGUAGAGUAGAGUAUCGGGAGUAGUACUAAACCUAAUAGUAGGUCGAGUAGAGUAUCGGCAGUAGUACUAAAACUUUAGUAGAGUAGAGUAUCGGGAGGAGUACUAAACCUAAUAGUAGGGUGAGUAGAGUAUCGAGACCUCUACUAAAGGUUUAGUAGAGUAGAGUACCGAGACCUCUACUAAACCUAAACCUACUAUUGGCGUGAGUAGAUUUGGGAGUACCUACCUACCUACCUACCUAUCGUAUCUUUUUGAUUAAUGGAAACUGGAACAUGCUGGAACCCCC